GCGGCUGCCUGCCUCCCCCUUCUGCGUGCUCUGCGUUGGCGGCUGCCUGCCUCCCACAACUGAAUCGAGCGGCACUCGUGCCGCGUGAACCGAUGCCUCGACAUAGACGCGAGCGUGCGUGCAGCCUGCCCCUUCUGCCACCGGCACGUAUGCCUGCGACGCGUGAAACGACGCUGCGGAGCGACUAAAUCCACCGGCAACCGGGCGGCAAGGAUCGAUGCGUGCGUCUCGGCGUGCAUGCAUGCGUUUAGGUCUAGGUCACUAGAUGCGUGCGUGGCGGUGUUCGCAUGCAUAGCAGGCUAAAUCGAUGCCAAAGCCGGGCAUGCAUAGCAGGCUGCAUCCAUCGAUAGAAGGCUUUUUUAAUUUAUUCCCAACAAACUAACGGGCCCGUCCUAUGAACACAAACACGGCCCAACCAGCGAAGCCACAACCACAGUCAACAGAGUCCAACGUGGCCCCACAAGUCAGUUAACGGCCAAGACGGCAAACGUCUGUUAUGAACAUUUGUGAGAGUUUCAGCUAAGGGAGUGGGGAAAAGUGAGCAAAAGUUUAAAGCGUGGGAAAAACUGAGCACAACUAAGGAAUUGGGGGCACAGAUGGAAUAAGCCCAUUUUAAUUCUAUCAUGUCCAUGGCUAAGUGGUCGUACUGAUUUGUUCGGCGUGUGGCAGGGUUUUCCUUUUGUUGUGCUCUGCUGCGGCAGAGUUUUUGGUGCAUUAAGCUAGCUGCAUGGAGUACUUGAGUUUACAAGUUUAAAACAUUCUUCUGAUGCUGGAUUUCAAAGGUACUCUCUAUUGAUGAUGGCUAAGAAUAAAGAAAACAUACUUUCCGACAAUUCAAACUGCUCUAACUUUUAUGUCCCUGAAUAGCUAGCAGCUGAAGGCUUCCUUUUUUUCUUUCCUGCCGAGGGAUAAUCUGAUAUCCCCAUAUAUGAAUUCUUUCUAAUUUUGCAACGUGGUUGACUUUUCCAGUUUUCUCUUUCCUUAUGUUCUAUGUCUGACAUAUAUAGGAUGCCUGCACCAAAAGUUUAAAUUCCGUCAGUACCUGUAGAUAUGUUAGGAACAGACAUGUUGUUCCAAGCAACAAUACAAAAUAAUAUGAACUAUAAUAGCAUGAACCAUAGCAAUGUACCAUUACUGUUUUCGUGUAAGACUAUUUGUAGUUUUGUCACUGCCCAACAUACAAAGACAGAGAUACACAAGCAGAAUUGUCAUCAUGCAGUAGUAUUACUAUAGAAGCAACAGAAAUAUAGAAAUGAGAUCAACGGAGAUAGUAUCUUUUGAUGUAAUCUGUACCCUUCAGUUCAAACACAAAAUAAUGUUAUCACUAUCAAAUCGGACCAUUCAGUAGCAAUACCAUGAAAUUCUGAAACCAAUGUGCAAAUCUUACACCAACAGGUCUGCAACGAUGCAGUUGACUAACCAUGAUAGGGCUUCCUGGUUGUUGAGAAUUAAGGGAGAACUCAUAGUAAAAUCUUUGUUCAUACUUUGCACACUAAUAGUGUGAUUGGUUGGGUGUAUAAGCUUAGGCUAUGCUGAGUUUGUGCAGAAUCCUUUUUUUUUCAUCACACUGAAAUCCUUGUCCCUUUUGAACCAUCGGUACAUUAUAGAUGACUAAAUUGUAUGCCCCUUGAUAUGUGCAAAGCUUUCAGAGGAGCUGCGACGCGCAAGAAACAACGUAAGUGUCUUUCCUUAUGCAAAAUUUGCAUGCAUCUCCUUGCGAUCGAUCCAUGUCGCAGUGGCGGCUGGCGGUUGGGCCAGCUCUUCCUGCAUGAUGUGUGUGCGUGUUGUGUGUGUGCAGUGCCUGGUGCUUGUGGAUGUGCUGGAUCGUGUGUGCGAGAUGGAUGGUGCUCCACUUGCUGUUAAUUGCUUUAAAUGGGAAACCAAAUAUUGUGUACUUGCUCAAUUAUGAAUUAUAUUUUCAUAGAUUGAAUUAUUGUUUACUGUAUUUUUGGCCUUCGCAUUGCAAUACCUAUAGAUGAGUGUUUUUGUGAAUUGUCACAGGUUAGAUCCCAUCUGCAAAUUUUACCAGCCUAUUUUAUUUGAUAAAUAUCAUUGUUAACACAUGAUCCCAUUGUUGUUUAGGUGAUAAUUGUUUGUGUGUGACAGAUGUAGAGUAGGCAUAGAUCACAAUUUCUUAGUUUCUUACAGUUAUUUGACAUGAAAAUAUAAUGGCUCUCACCAUUGUUGGUUUCACUGGUAUAUAGAUCAAAAUAUUAAGGUGAAAAUGACAAUCCAGGAGGAGGGAGCUACAGAGGUUGACAGUGAUGACAUGGGCGGUAUCGAUGCAGUUGACUACACAAGUGGUGGAUUGAUUGUCCUUUCUAUUUGUUUAGGAUUAGGAAAAAAGGGCUUAUUUAAUUCAGUAUGUUCGUGGCAACGUUGUGUUUAUAUCAGGCAAUUAACUGUUUUCGAUGUACUGGGGGCAUGAUGUGUUUAUAUCAGCCAGUUUAGCUUCAGCUGUAUAACCCGGUCUACUAGCACGAGUGGCUGGUGUGGACUGAGAGCCACGAGGUGGGCGAGGGUUUCUGCUGUGUGCGCAACCUCAACUUUAAAGCCCUCGACAAUGAAAUUGUUCCGGGGUGACUCACAUACCAGUGCUAGAAUACCCUUCCCUGCUCUGAGUAAUAUGAUCCAACUUGAUGGACUAUCUUCCACUGUUUGUUUUGUAUUAUUAAGUGUUGCUUCUUGCGACUACAGAGAUGUGACUCGGAGGUCCAGAAGCCAGCAUCAGCAUCACCAUCGCCAUUAGUUAAUAUGGCCUCCUGUGGUUGCGUGCUCUUAUACUGCUAGCUAAUAAUGCUGCUAGUGAAAUAUAACCACGCAUGGUACAUGGCAAUGGUGCCUGAUGUGUGUGUAUGCGUUGUGACUUGUGAGCCGGCUUCCAAGAUAGUGGAGUGAGUAGGAUGGCUUUUGAAUUCCGAUAUAACUCAUCUGUGUAUCUCAAACAGGGGUUUGUACUACUUUGUGGCCUGCAUUGUUUUCUUAAUUUUCUUCAGUCUAAUCAAUGAGCUCACUAUCUUGCACCUUGUUGUCUGUUCUGUUCUUCCUCUGUUGUUGCUAUGACCAGUUUAUCAGAUAAAAUUAGCUGGAUUGCAUACUGAAAUGACCAUCUUUGCACUGCAUUGCAUACUGAAAUGAAACAGGGUCCGAUCGAUGUGGAGGAGACUUCGGUUGACGGCCCCGACGACGUCCAAGGGCUGGACGCAUCCGCCGCACACAUAGUAAACUUGCUAUCGUCCGAGCCCUCUGAUGUGAGGCUUGGGAUAGGCGGUUUCAGCAUGGGAGCCGCCACUGCGUUCCACUCUGCCGCAUGUUAUGCUCAUGGAAGGUUCUCAAACGGUGUUGCGUACCCUACCCUCAGCGCUAUCAUUGGGUUGAGCGGCUGGCUUCCCUGCUCCAGGACCCUGAGGACCAAGAUUGAGAGCUCACAGACUGCUUUCAGGAGGGCUGCUGCCUUGCCGAUAAUGCUUGGCCAUGGAAGAGGGGACGAGGCAGUCACGUACAGGAACGGUGAGAGGUCAGCCGAGUUUCUGCGGAACUCGGGCUUUUCUUACCUGAAUUUCAAAGCCUACAACGGACUGGGCCAUCACACCACCCCUGAGGAAAUGGACGAUGUCUCCAAGUGGCUCAGGGCAAGGCUCGGGCUUGAUCGCUCUUGCGGCUAAGUGGAGAAGCUUGUGCCUUGGUGGCUGACACAUGACAUGAGAGAAAAGUAUUGACACUAUAGAGGAGAAGGUUGAUAUAUAUAGGUUAAUCAUAUGAAGAGACCACGACCGGCAUGUGUUGAUAUAUAAGUCGUCACUACUGAAUUUCAUGUUACACUUAUAUUGUACUAGUAAGAGUUGUACCCCAGUUAUAUUGUUUGUUUUGAUUGACCACACCAGUAAUUCAUGACGGUAGCUUUUAAUAUAUGGUUGUGUUCUACUUCUAUAUCAGUCCAGUGUAGACUUUUCACGUCACGUCAUAUCAUCAUCAAAACAC